CAACUUUCAUAAGAGUGAAUGAACAAAAAAAUGGAGCUGAUGGAUUCUUCCACUAUUUUCUCUAUUAUUCCAUUGAUUUUGUUCAUCUUCUUCUUGUUCAACAAAUUGUAUUCUUCCUGUAAACAUCCCAAACUCAAUCUUCCACCCUCUCCACCGAAGCUGCCGAUUAUCGGAAACCUUCAUCAACUCGGCACCUUUCCCCACCGCUCACUCCAAAAAUUAUCAGCAAAAUAUGGCCCCAUGAUGCUUAUUUACUUGGGGAAAAAACCAGCUCUCGUGGUCACUUCAGCUGAUGCAGCUCGAGAAAUCAUGAAAACCCACGAUUUAAUCUUUUCAAACAGGCCGAAACUAAGCACGGCCGAUCGACUCCUUUAUGGGUCGAAAGACGUGGCUUUUUCGCCCUAUGGAGAUUCCUGGAGGCAAUUAAGAAGCAUCUGUGUUCUUCAGCUUCUGAGUAACAAAAGGGUUAGGUCGUUUCGCGACGUUAGAGAAGAAGAAACGACGCUUAUGAUCGAGAACAUAUACAGAAAACUCUCGUCGCCAUCUUCUUUGUUGAACUUGAGUGAGGUAUUUGUGGAUCUUACGAAUGAUAUCAUUUGUAGGGUGGCUUUAGGGAAGAAAUACGGCAAGGAAAAAGAUGGAAAAAACGUAAAGGUAAAAAUGGCGGAGUUUAUUGCUUUAAUGAGGGAUUUUUGUUUGAGUGAUUAUGUUCCUUGGCUUGGUUGGGUAGAUAGGUUGAACGGUAUCCAUGAGAGGCUGGAGAAGAUAGCUAAAGAGAUUGAUAAUUUCUUGGAGAAAGUGAUUGAAGAGCAUAAGAAGAAAGAAAAAGUGACACAAUCACAGCAUCACUUAGGUAACGUGACUGAUGAUCAAAAUAGUGAUGAGGCAAGAAACUCAGAUUUUGUGGACAUUCUGCUUGAACUUCAGAUGCAAAACGUGGCUAAUUUUCCAGUGGAAAGAGAUACUCUCAAAGCCUUAAUUUUGGACAUGUUUGUUGCUGGAACUGAUACAACACACACGGUUAUGGUGUGGGCAAUGGCUGAACUUUUAAGGCAUCCGAAAGUGAUGGACAAAUUACAAAUCGAGAUCAGAAAACAAGGGAACAGUGGAAUCAAUGAGGACGUUGUAGGCAAAUUUUGUUAUUUAAAAGCGGUAAUCAAAGAAACUUUACGACUUCAUGCUCCUGUUCCGCUUCUAGUCCCUCGGGAAUCUACUCAAGAUGUCAGAGUAAAGGGUUAUGAUAUAUCUGCCGACACACAGGUAAUCAUUAAUGCUUGGGCAAUUGGAAGAGAUCAGCGUUUAUGGGAUCAACCCGAGGAAUUUAUUCCGGAAAGAUUUUUGGUUGACUCAAAUAUCGAUUUUCAAAGUGUGAAUAACUUUGAGAUGAUUCCAUUUGGAGCUGGAAGAAGAGGUUGUCCUGGAAUAAAUUUUGCAAUGGCUGUUAACGAACUUGCAUUGGCAAAGUUGCUAAACGCGUUUGAUUUCCAAUGCCAGGAAGAAUUAGACAUGGCUGAAUCCACAGGUGUCACAGUCAAUAAAAAAUCAUCUCUAUAUGUGAUUGCCACUCCACACUACUCUUGCUAGUCUUCCAGUUAGUUCAAAGAGUUGAGUUUAAACUCUUGGUUAGUAAUCACUUGUUAUUUUAUUGGAUCUUGUUUUAGGUUAUGUUAAACAUGUGUUUUGAAUUUCCAUUGCUAGUGACCUAGGGAAAAAAUGAAAACGAAUAAUGGUUUGUUUCUCACUAUGGUUUGCAAAUUAUUGUAAGACUUAUAUAUAUAUAUAUAUAUUUACAAAUUAAAUAAAUAAAAAAACUAGUGAGUUUGUG